CAAACAUAAAUAUGUAUGUAUUUAUUCCCAACGACGAAGAAAUUUGACCUGAAUACGUUGCGUUUUUUGAACUAUUUAUCUGACAACUAUUUAACUCUCCUCAGUUUACCAUUUUUAUAAAAAUAUUAUCUUUUAAAACAUCUAAUAUUUCGUGACCAUGGACAUAUAUCAUGUUAUAUUAGUUUCAAUUUUAUCAUUAUAUGUGAGCAUUUAUCCUCCUUUUUUUCUACGGAAUGAGAAAACUAGUGACCCUGUUCCAAGAAGCAAACGUAGCAAUCCUGAUAUUGGGCGGAGUGGAGCACACACAAAGAACAUCGUUCUACUCGGAGAAAAUGGUGUGGGUAAAAGUGCCGUGGCAAAUAUGAUAAUUGGCGAAAAUAUCAUACCUGUUCCAAAUCCUGAAAUUUUCCAAUCGUCAGAAAUCCUCUCUUAUUCGAAGCACGAGUCAGAGUUGUACACAUUUUACGAGAUGCUUGGAAUGAGUGGGAAACGGUUUAAUGAGGACGAGAUGAAAGAAGCCAUGAGAAAUUUGAAGGAAAUUGUGACACUUUUGGAGAACGGGGACGGGAUUCAUUUAAUCAUUUGUGUGAUGAGUUUGGAACGGAUUACGGAUAAUUUUGUGAAAAAUUAUCAACUCUUCGUGGAGCAACUGAUGGGGAAGAGUGUUCCUGUGAUUUUGGUUUUAACUGGUGCGGAUAAAUCUCAUGAUGCUGCCCUCUGGUGGGAACAAAAUCAGAAUGCAUUCACUCAACAGAACCUUCAGUUUAACGACCAUGCCAUAAUUUGUGCCGUUCCCGCAGACGACGAUAUUCAUCCAUUAUUUGUGGAUCGAAUGACAGAAAUGUACACAGCGUCGAAAAUAAAAUUGUUACAAAUUGUAGAGAAGAAUUUACGUCUGGAGGCGUGGAUCCUGACGCAUAAAACUGAAUCAGACGCUAAUACCUUCCUUUGUGACAGGAUUAAUUGGUUAUACUCUAAUCUAGAGUAUGAUGGGAGUCCAUACAAGAUUAAGCAAUUUAUUAGAGAAAUUUGUGGAGUGGAUUUAGGUAGAAAUUUUAUACAAAUUGGAGCCUCUACGGCAAAGCAGAUUUUUUAUCUUUUUUAUGAAUUUAUGAGACUAAUCGGUGGGAAUUUUGUUCAAUAAAUUAGCAUAUUUACGUAUUACAA